AAACAGCUGUUUUGCACACUAUUCGCCAAAAUAAUUCAAAUUGUCGUUGAUCUCAUUAAUUUGAAAUUGUGUUGCAUGCCUCGUUCACAUUAUGGCGUCGAUGACCGCAGAAACUACUGAAGGACAACGCAUGCAGCAAACAGAGCUCGAUGAGAUUUCCCCUGAAGUCUAUUUGCGUUUUCUGCAACGCCACGAAGGAGUUUUGCGCGACGAGACAACAAUGCUUGGCUUCAAGGCGGCCAUUGAGGCAAAUGCAGAGCUCUUUCGUGGCGCCACCGUGCUGGAGUUGGGAUGUGGCAGUGCACUACUUUCGAUGUGGCUGGCACGUCAGGGUGCGGCACGUGUCUAUGCCGUGGAGUCAAGUGAUGUGUGUCAAGUGGCGCGUCAAUUGGUGCAACACAAUCGCCUAGAUCAUGUGAUCGAUGUGUUGCACGGUCCGUUGCAGCAACUGCAACUGCCUCCAAUCGAUGUCAUUGUCUCCAAGUGGAUGGGUGCCUGCUUGAUGUACAGCUCCACGCUGGAGGAUGUGCUCUAUGCCCGUGACAAGUGGCUGAAGCCCAACGGUUGCAUCUUUCCCGACAUCGCCAAUCUAUAUAUGACAGCUGUGGAGCAACCACGUCAUCCCCUGGAUCUGAUCAUUUCGCCUCGCCAGUAUUGGAAACGUUUCGCUGGAUCGUUGAAUCUCUCGCUCGCCUGGCAGAUCGCCCUGCACACACCCGUGGUCAGAGUUGUGGAUGCCAACCAUGUGCUGUGCCAGCGGCAACUUUUGCAGCGCUUCGAUCUGCUGACGUUGCAACCAGAUGAGUUAAGCUUCAAAGUGCCGUUCAAGCUGCGCACUCUGCGUCAAGCGUUGGCCAAACAUUUGCUGCUCUACUUUGACUAUCGCUUUCCCGACUCAACCAUCGUCAGCACUUCGCCCAGUGCAGCAGUCACACAAUGGAAGCAAACACUCUUCCCCAUCGACGACCAUUUGCCCCUCUGUCCGGGUGAUGUGCUCUGCGGACAGUUUGAGGUGCGACGCUGUGCUCGCCACCUGGACUUUGACAUCAGCUGGAGCUGCCACAACAAGCUGGUCAACGUGAAGACACACACGCAAAUCUAUCGAAUGCAGGGCGAGCCAGAUCCUAUCUAAUUAAGAGAUGUGAAUAUCAGUGAAAAUCCAAUUGGGAAUUGUAUACUAUUAUAAUUUACAACUAUUAACUUACGAAUCAAGACUAAAUAUCUAAUUUGUUAAGGCAAGAGAGAUCGAUUGUAGCCAUCAGUUUAUUAACUAUUCUAAUUUAGCCAAGGAAAAAGCUUUUAUUUGAGUGUAUAACAAAUUUAUUAACGUUCUAUAUGAGAUCUACAAGUUCUUAUUUGAUAAUAGUCCAUAAAUAACGCUUACAAAAAUGAUUUAUAAAUACGGAUAUAUGAUAAUUUUAUCAAUUAUAAAUUUACACAUUCGGAAAUGUAUAUAUAUAUUUAGAUAUUAAUAUACUGAAUACCUCUAACAAUAUCACCUAAUAAGUUUAUUAUAAAUAAUAUAGAUUCAGACAUUUUCUAUAUGAUUUAUUUUGUAUGAAUAUUACAAUAUUGAAAAUUAGAAAAAAAGAAUAUUCUAUAAAUAACGCUUACAAAAAUGAAAAUUGAUUUAUAAAUACGGAUAUAUGUUUUGUCUGACAUAUAGCAUAUGCUAUUAUUUAAGGUUAAAUGCCAUGAAAAAAAUAAGAAUUAUGUGUUGAAUGAACUAAAUAUGACAUCUAAUUUUAUCAAUUAUAAAGUUACCCAUCAGGAAAUGAAUGUAUAUUAUAUAUAUUUAGAUAUUAAUAUACUGAAUACCUCUAAAAACAUCACCCAAGAAGUUUAUUAUAGAAA